AUGUCUGAUUGGGAACCAUCUACAGUUAUUGGUCGUAAAGUGAGAAUCGGUGGCGGUGGUCCACGUCAACAAGUCGCCCGUACCCAGGCCCAAAUCAAUGAAGCCAGAAGAUCCGGUAUGGUUCUUUCUGUGGAUAAGAAGUACGGUACUACUAAUAGCAAGGCUUCUCCAGAGGGCCAACGGUUGACUAAGGUGGAUCGUGAGACUGAUAUUGUUAAGCCAAAGAAGAUUGAUUUGAAUGUAGGUAAGGCUAUCCAGAAGGGUAGACAAGCCAAGAACUUGACCCAGAAGGAUUUGGCCACUAAGAUCAACGAGAAGCCUACUGUUGUGAACGACUACGAGUCUGGCCGUGGUAUUCCUAACCAGCAAGUGUUGGCUAAGAUGGAGCGUGCCUUGGGUAUCAAGUUGCGUGGGAAGAACAUUGGAGAGCCAUUGGGUGGUCCAAAGAAAUAA